AUGUCGGAUGGAUACUACUAUAGUUCGAAGAAGAGGGACGAUCUCUGCGAAGAUGUUUGUGGACAGGACGGUUCACGAGCAGCCAAAGCCAUCUCAAAAAUUCGAUGCGUACUACGAGGACUCGAUUUCAAAACAUACAUCCUCUUCUUCACCCUUGUCCCCUUAUUCAUCUUCGGAGUCUACCUACACGGCCAAAAACUAACCUACUUCUUGAGACCACUCUGGCAAUCACCACCUAAACCGUUCCAAACGCUUCCACAUUACUACCACGAGAACGCCACCAUGAAAACGCUCUGCAGUCUCCACGGCUGGAAACACCGCGACUCACCAAGACGCGUCUUCGACGCCGUCUUGUUCAGCAACGAGGUCGAUAUGCUCACCAUCCGCUGGAAAGAACUUUCCCCUUACGUCACACAGUUCGUGAUCCUCGAAUCAAACUCUACUUUCACCGGUUUACCUAAACCGUUGGUUUUCGCCGCGAACCGGGAGAAAUUCUUCAAGUUUGCCGAGCCGAGGCUGAGUUACGGCAACAUUGGAGGGAGAUUCAAGAGAGGUGAGAACCCUUUUGUUGAAGAAGCUUACCAGAGGAUUGCGUUGGAUCAGCUGAUAAGACUAGCUGGGAUUCAAGAAGACGAUCUUUUGAUAAUGUCUGACGUGGACGAGAUCCCUAGUGCACAUACCAUCAACCUCCUUAGAUGGUGCGAUGGUUACCCGCCGGUUCUUCAUCUUCAGCUCAGAAAUUAUUUAUACUCGUUUGAGUAUUACGUGGACAGCAAAAGCUGGAGAGGUUCUGUGCAUCGGUACAAGCCCGGGAAGACACGGUACGCUCAUUUCCGACAAGGGGACACUCUUUUAGCGGACUCUGGUUGGCAUUGCAGUUUCUGUUUCAGACGCAUUAGUGAGUUUGUGUUCAAGAUGAAAGCGUAUAGUCACAAUGAUCGUGUUAGGUUCUCUCAUUAUCUGAAUCCGAAAAGGAUACAAGAUGUGAUAUGUAGAGGGACUGAUUUGUUUGACAUGAUUCCUGAAGAGUAUACGUUCAGGGAAAUCAUCGGGAAGCUAGGACCGAUACCUCGGUCUUAUUCAGCUGUUCAUCUACCAGCUCAUUUGAUUGAGAAAGCUGAGAGUUAUAAGUACUUGUUACCUGGGAACUGCGUAAGGGAAAGUGGGUGAUAAGGGUUUGUGCUUAUCAGGCUUUGUAGUUGUUAGGUACUUAUUAUCAGUAGAGGGAGUGUUGGAAAACAGAGGAUGGUACAGUUUAUUGAAGGAUAUGGAGUCUUUGGUGAUGGGUAUAGAAACCUUGUGUUCUUAUUAAUACUGACUCAUGUUCCCAUGUUGUUCUGGGAAUUUUUUGCUGGAAUAGCCUCUCUCUUUUUCUCUUCAAAACUCUUCUCAUACUCCUUCUUUAUUAGUCUGUACAAUUUACUAGUGAUUUAUUUACAUUAUACUCAUAUUCUUUGUAAUUUUUAUUUUACUAAAAAAAUCAUUGUUUGAUCUCCUCUUGAUUCGUUUGUU